UAGUGAAACAAAGCUCAGUCACCUCUCUAUUGGAUGUGUUAUUACAGCUCUGCUCUGGGAGGAUACAGCAGCUGGAAGGGAUUGCUGGGAACAAGCUGCUCCUUUCUCUGCAUAACUUCUAUUGUAUCUGCAAGAAAAAGGGGGAUAAGUUCACAUCAAUGAAGGAGAGAAGAAGCAGCCAGAAACUGUCUAGCAAAUCUAUGAUGGAUCCCAACCAAAAUGUGAAAUGCAAAAUUGUGGUGGUGGGAGACAGCCAGUGUGGGAAGACUGCUUUAUUGCAUGUCUUUGCAAAGGAUUCCUUUCCAGAGAAUUACGUUCCCACCGUAUUUGAGAAUUACACGGCCAGUUUUGAAAUCGACACGCAGAGGAUAGAACUGAGCCUAUGGGAUACGUCUGGUUCUCCUUAUUAUGACAACGUCCGUCCACUCUCAUAUCCAGAUUCCGAUGCUGUCCUAAUAUGUUUUGACAUCAGCCGCCCCGAGACACUCGACAGCGUUCUUAAGAAGUGGAAAGGUGAAAUUCAGGAAUUUUGUCCCAACACCAAAAUGCUGCUGGUUGGAUGUAAAUCUGAUCUGCGUACAGACCUCACGACGCUGGUGGAACUGUCCAAUCACAGACAGACACCGGUCUCUUACGAUCAGGGUGCUAAUAUGGCCAAGCAAAUUGGAGCAGCCACUUAUAUAGAAUGUUCAGCCCUACAGUCUGAGAACAGCGUAAGGGACAUUUUCCAUGUCGCAACCCUGGCAUGUGUAAAUAAAUCUAACAAAAAUCUCAAAAGGAAUAAAACACAGAGAACCACAAAAAGAAUUUCACACAUGCCUAGCAGACCGGAACUGACCGCCGUUUCCACUGACUUGAGAAAGGACAAAGCCAAGAGUUGCAGUAUAAUGUGAGGGGUCUUAGUGAUGGAGUGAAAUGAGGAUUUGGUUGAAUGCUCGAUGAAGGUCACUGCCAAAGUGUUAGAUUCUGUUGGUAAACCAGAGCUGUUAAGGAUUUUUUUCAAAUUCUAUUUGGUACUUAAGGAUGCAGCAUGUUGACCGCGCAGAGGAAGAAAGUUGGAAACUUUUGGAAAGAAGUUUCACACAAAAAUAGGAAGCGAUUUAAAAGAUGUUGAUGGUGGAAGAGAAAAUUGUCUUCAUCUCCUAGAAAAAAAAAAAAGAACCUUCGUCUCAAAGUUCAGUUCCCUGUAUCUAUAGCCAAAAAGUUCUAAAGUUCUCAAAGUACUCGCGUUGACUAUAGUGCCGCCGUUUGCACUCUUGAAGAAUGAUCCUUUUGAUCCACCAUCUCUAAAAGUUCUUCGCAAGAGGACCUGUAGACCAAUGCAGCAAGGAUUGAUUGGGGUGUUCGGAAAGUUUUUUUUUCCCCAAAAUUCUAUAAUCUUCUUGCACAGCUAAUUAAUAUAGGCCUAGAUAGUUCAUGGUACUUUUUUAUGACCUAGCUUUUUAAAGUCAUAGUAGUUUGUUUUUUUCCUUAAAAAAAUAAAAAGAUAUGAAUAGCUGUUAUUUAAACUGGGAAUGAACCAGGCAAUGAAACGCAUCAGUUCCAUUCUGUAAAAAUGAAGCUCGAGGAUGCUUAAGACGUUCAGUUAGAGGGUCGGUGACUUGAAGUAUCACUGGCUCCAAAAGGUCUUUGGAAGUUAACACGUUAGCAGUCAACUUCUGACAUCAUUGACUAUGAUCUGUUUUUAUUUUUUCCCAAAAAAAUGUACAUGUUUACAUAGGAAAAUAUAUCUACUAUUGCAUAUAUCCCAAAAGCUUUCAUUAGAUUCUUGUCAGCCAUGAUGUUUGAGCAUUCUGCUAAGGAAAGGGUUAGACUUAAGUCCCUUCAGUUCGGGAUGCAGAUGAAAAUAUAGAGAUGGCCUUGUUAGAAUUUAGUCUUCAAAGCUUUUCCUGGGGGAGGUCUGGUCACAUAAACAAAAAUUUCAGCUAGUACAUAUCUUGCCGACUGUUGCUUGUUGAGUGCAAGCAUUUUCUCCAUUAAUGGCUUCAUUUUUUGAAGCGACCAAAUCUGUGUUAUGACCAUAAAACACUCUUGUUUCAUGUGUAGACAAGCACUGUGUCACAUCUGUACAACAGCACGAGAAAACCCGACAUUCCAGACAUUUUCCCAGAGGUUAGGCCUGGAAUGUCCAAUGAUGGAUCCUACUCCUGUCCUCCUCCACUAGGUUCCAAUAUUAAACACUGCAGUAGGCUUUCAGUAAUGCAAGUACGUGCUUUGGGCAGUAUUACAACACAAUAGCUAGCAAGUGCUUACUCUGUAUUUAGGUAUCGCAACAACCAAGAUAAGUUAUAACGGUCUUAAAACUGGACAGCGUUAUUUUUUAUUUUUUUCCAGUGUCUGUCACUUUGUAUGUUUGAUUUGUAAAUGUCUCUGCUGUAUUUAUUACGUUUUUCCUUUAUGUAAUAAAGGUUUCAUUAAGGUAAA